AUGGCUUGUUCCAUCAUAACAUUCGUGCUCGGCAUGUUGUGUAUCUUCGCAGGCAGUAAGCCUGGAUUCAUGGAGGAUUAUCAUAUCAUAGCACUCAAUACUUCAGGAAUCGGACAAGAUCUCAUUCCCACACCGUCCGCAGGUUCUAGUUCCACACCUACCUCGAUAUCACCAGGAGGAAUUGUCAGUAGCAUCAGCAAUUUGAUACCGCGCGAGCCUGGUAUUGGUGACAACAUUGCAAAUGCACUGGGCGAUAUCGGGAACGAGAUUGCAGAUAAACUUGCAGAGAAAUUAGGUAUCCAAGAAUGGUAUUCGAUGCAUCUAAUGGAUACGUGCGAGGGAUCAUAUACACCGAAUGCCACGGCCAAAGGAGCAGGCUAUAACGUGAGCUCUUGCACAAAUGCCACAGCCAUGUGCUGGCCUUCAGCUAUCCAAGACGGUCUUGAUACACUCUCCGCAGCCAUGAAUGCCACCUUUGUAUUCUAUUGCAUCGGCAUUGCAGCCGCUGGCCUCGCAAUCUUCACUUCCCUGGCCGCAAUCUUUAUCACCGGUCGUCUCUUCUCUUUCUUGAACUGGGGUUUAGCAUCCCUAUCUCUCCUAGCUCUUGCUAUUGCCUCAAUUAUCGUCACUGUUCUCCAAGACAAAGCUGCGGAUAUUAUCAAUAAAUUUGGGAAUGACAUUGGGGUGUAUGCGUACAAAGGACAUAAAUACCUUACCCUGACAUGGGUCGCUACGGCGAUUAUCGCUGUUGCGACGAUCGUAUGGGUGGCAAUUUUCCACAUUGGACGUAAACAGAACGGACGUGAAUUUCAUGAGAAGAGUCUCUUUGGAAGGAAGUCGAGGCAAAGUGGGAGUGUCGAGUUUGCGAGGAGAGGGGCUUGA